AUGGUUCAGAGCAACAACGAAACCGGCAUGACCCGCGCCCUAGGCAGCUUCGCGCAGGCGCUCGAGUACGAGGAUCUGUCGCCUGAGGUGGUCGACUGGGCCAAGUACCUGUGCCUGGACUUCGCCGCAGUUACGCUCAACGGCUCCACCACCGGCUCGGCGCACGCUGUCGUUGAUGCGCUGCAGCGGCUGGACCGCUCCGGGCCGUCGGUGGUCGUCGGUACGCCCUAUCGAGUGCUGCCGGAGUACGCUUCGAUGGCCAACGGCAUCGCCUUUCACAGCAUAGAGAUGGACGACGUGAACAACGAGGCGUCGCUGCAUCCGGGCGUGGUGGCCUUUCCCACCGCCCUUUCGAUGGCCGACCUGGCCCAUGUGUCGGGCAAGGACUUCAUCGCCGCAGUGGUUGCGGGGUACGACGUCAUCGUGCGGCUGGGCCGCGCGUUGCAGCCUGCCGAGCAUUACGGGCGAGGCUUCCAUCCCACCGGCACCUGCGGGGCUUUCGGCGCUGCGGUGGUGGCCGGGCGGCUGCUGGGGCUGCAGGGCGACGACUUCAUCCACGCCCUGGGCAUCGCGGGCAGCCAGACCGCCGGCAGCAUGGAAUACCUGGCGCAGGGAGCCUGGACCAAGCGAUUCCAUCCCGGCUGGGCGUCGCACAGCGGUUCCUGGGCGGCCCUGCUGGCCCGCUCCGGUUACACCGGCCCCACCACCAUCCUCGAGGGGCGCGACGGCUUCCUGCAAGCCUAUUCCGGCAAUCCCGACAUGUCGCUGGUGCUGGAAGACCUGGGGGACGAAUAUCUGAUUACCCGCACGGGAAUCAAGCCCCAUGCUUGCUGCCGUUACAAGCAGGGACCCAUAGACUGCCUGAUAGACAUCCGCAACACCCAUGGUCUGGAGGCCGAUGACGUCGAGGAAGUGACCGUCGGAGUACUCAGCGGCGGUUUCAAGCUGGUAGCGUCUCCAGAAGAGGCCAAGGCCAACCCCAAGACAGUCGUGGAUAUGCAGUUCUCCAUGCCCUUCGGCGCGGCGGUAGCCUUGGCCUAUGGCCGCGCGUCGCUGGAGGAAUACGCCGACGGGGUGCCUGACCGCCCGGAGAUAAGCCGCAUCCUGCCGCGGGUGAAGUGUGUGACCGACUCGGAGUUGGACGCCCACUUCCCCCGCGAGUUUCGCGCCUGGGCUGAAGUCUCCACCGCCGACGGACGCCGCCUGCGCAGCGACAUCCGAUACCCCAAGGGCGACCCGGAGAAUGCCCUGUCGUGGGCCGAAAUGAAAGAGAAGUUCGCCGUCCUUACCGCAACGGUCAUCAGCCCGGAACGCCAGCAACAAAUCAUCGCCGCCAUAGAAUCGCUGGACGAAAUGGAGGACGUGCGAGAGCUGGCAGCCCUCCUGUCCACGGAAUAG